AUGAGCAGGGAAGGGGGCUCGUUCGCGGGCUUUCGCGGACGUUGGACGAUGCCCCGGCGAGACAAAACCUCGCCGCCCCGUGUCACCGCGGACAGCAAGCUGCCUGCCUCUCCGAGCCGGCGGCUGCGGCGGGAGAAAGCCGCUGCUCCAGAGACAGGGACCCCGGUUAUCUCGGGGAGGGAAAUCAGGGAGCCUGUGUGCGGACCCCCGGCAAGCUCGGCACCCCGGGACAUAUGUGCCUGUUUGCCGAAAGAGGGACAGUCCUGUCCCCACCCACAACGCGUGCGAUCCCCGCAGUGA